AUGGGCGUGAUAUCCAAAUUCGCCGCUUUCACCACCCUGACUACCCUAGCAACAGCCUGGCUCCCAGAAGAAAACAAAUCCAUCACCUCAAAAGAUGGCACAAACCUCUUUGAGCUCUCCAACGGCAAAAUCCGCGGCGUAAACCUCGGCUCCCAAUUCAUAUUCGAACCCUGGAUUGCCCAGCAAGCAUGGACGGACAUGGGCUGCGACGGGCAGAAAUCCGAAUUCGACUGCGUUUCCUCACUGGGUCAAGACGCCGCGAACGCCGCCUUCGCCAAACACUGGGAGUCGUGGACUACACAGGAUGAUAUCGACGAGAUCGUGAGCUAUGGCUUGAACACUAUCCGCGUACCGGUUGGUUAUUGGCUGCGCGAGGACCUGGUUGAUGGCAGCGAGCAUUUCCCGCAGGGUGGACUUGAGUAUCUGAAGAAAGUGUGUGGGUGGGCUAGUGACAAUGGUUUGUAUAUUAUCAUGGAUUUGCAUGGUGCGCCCGGUGCGCAGACAGCGGAGAAUUCGUUUACCGGACAGUAUGCUGCUACGCCUGGAUUCUAUACGGAUUAUAACUAUGAGAGAGCACUUAAGUGGCUCGAGUGGAUGGUUGAGCUUGUCUAUAAGACUGAUGAGAUGAGGAAUGUGGGGAUGUUGGAGGUUGUUAAUGAGCCUGUUCAGGAUCAGGGGAUGGCUUCGUCUAUGCGGUCGGAGUAUUACCCCAAAGCUGUUGAGCGUAUCCGUGCUGCUGAGACGAAGCUCUCUAUCAACGCCAAUGACUACCUCCAUAUUCAGACCAUGGAUAAAGCCUGGGGCUCCGGCGAUCCUAACGAGCAUCUCGAGGACUUGACCUACAUGGCCUAUGAUGAUCACCGCUACCUGAAGUGGGAUACUAGCGUUGAUGUUUCGCAUGAUAACUACAUCAGCUCAUCCUGCGGUGAUAAGCGUGAUAGUAACUUCCCUAAUAUCGUUGGCGAAUGGAGUCUCUCUGUACCGGACGAUGUCGAGGGGUCGCCGGAUUGGGAGCCCAGUUCUAAUACCGAAUUUUAUGGAAAAUGGUUUGCGGCGCAGGUUCACUCCUAUGAGCAGCAGCAGGGAUGGGUCUUUUGGACUUGGAAAGCUCAGCUGAAUGAUUACCGGUGGUCUUAUCAGGAUGCUGUCAAGGCUGGUGUUAUUCCAAAGGAUUUGAAUAGCGUGCAGAAGGUUUGCUGA